UCAUUUCAGAAGUCCCACCAAUCUCAGGGUGUAACUGGUGAAAACUUGCCUGUUAUGAAAGUUUCAUCUCAGAAGAAACACAAAUAUGUGGUCCACUCUAGCAGCAGCCACUUGUCCACCUGGCCAGCCUAUGAACCAGGGCAAGGGAUUCUGCAGAACCGAAAACCAUGCACUCUCCCUGAUUGGCAAAGCACCAACAAACCUUCAAUGCCAGUUUCAACUUCAAAGCCACGCUACCUUGAAGAUCUAGAAUCCUAUUUGCGGGCCGAGCUGCAAGCACUCGACCUGACCAAAGGAAAAGUCCAGGAACUUAAACUCCAGCCUUUUAGAGAAGUAUUUGAGUGCUUCAUGGAGGAAUUCAAAACUUACAAACCUUUGUUGGCUUCCAUCAAGAGGGAGUAUGAAUUGACUAUAGCCCAUCUGCGGGAGAAGAUCUGCUCCCUGGAAGCAGUGAAUGGUGUUCUAGUCACAGCCUCUGAUCAAUGUACUCGUCAAAUCCUGGCUCUUCAACAGCAAGAGAAAAUUGAAAUAACAAAAUUGAAGGAGGAACGGCUCUUUUUGCUGAAGCUGAUUGACAAAAUGCAGGAGGAAAAAUGUUCUCUAGAGACUCAGGUGGCUAAACUGCGGAAGACAGUGGCAGAGGAAUAUCUUCGCUAUCUCAAUGAGUGUGAUGCCCGCAAGCUACUGCUUUUGGACCUCAAUGAAAUGUACCGUCAGAAGGAGGAAUUGAGGCUCACCAAGGAGCAAGAUGUUCUAGAGGAGGACACAGUGAAGCUGAAGGUUGCAUUGAAGGUAGCCCGCCAGGACCUCACCAAAGCUCAAGUGGAUCUGAACACCAUGCAGGCAAACUAUGGAGAUGUUGUGCCCAGAAGAGACUUUGAACUGCAGGAACAAAAAUAUAAUGAUUUGGCUGAGAAGAUGGCAAUGCUUCAGAAAGAUUUUAAUGACCUCCAUGAAGAAUAUGAGAUAAUGUUGGAUGUACACAAACAAGUUGCAGAGGAGCGAGACCGGUACUUCAGUGACCUCAUCAACGUCCAGCGGACAUCCACACCCCGCCCUGAUUGGAACAAAUGUGCAGAAGUGAUUCUUGGUGGAACUGAGCGCUGGAGCAACUUGUCGCUGGGCAAAACAAGUGACCAGCUGGUAGAUGUACUUUUGGAGGAAAUCGGCGGGGGACUCCUGAGAGAGCGCGACACCUUCACAGGACGGGGAAGAAGCGAAAAGAUUCCCCUGUACCUGAGGUGUGAUGGCCUGGUUAGAAACAAGAAGCUGUCCAAGCGGGAAGUAGUGGCCCUUCUGAGGGAGAUCUGGAGGGAAAAAAUUAUAUCAGAUCAACAGAAAGGAAAACAAUCUAGCCUCUCUGAAUUCUUCCUAAGCUUCUUUCAGAAAAGAUACGGUGAAGCUGUUGCUUUUGACUGGACUUACACCAUCUAUGAAAACCUCAAGCUCUUUCGGUCAAAUGAAACAAUGUCCUUGUUUCUUAACGUCCUGACAGGAUGUCUGGAUGAGGGAGUAUACCACAGUCACCUCCUGGAACUUAACAGCUUGUUAAAAGAACUGACUGCUGCUGACACUGAAAAUACUGGCCUGCUGUCAGAGGAGCAUUUCAGGCUUGCCUUAAGGACAGCUUUCCCACUAAAAACAGAAGAAGAGAUUCAGGAGUUACUUGAUGCAGCAGGCUUCAAGCCAAAUGCUGAUACUGUUUUGUACAAGCUGUUAUUCUUAGAAGAUGAGGAAGGGAAAACAGAACCUCUAAUUACAAAACUUAGGAACCAAUAUGUGAUUGAGAAACAGACAUAUCUGAAUGAACUACGUGCUGAACUAGGAACCUUGAUGGAAGUGAGGCCUGAUGACCUCAAGGGAGCUUUCUAUAUAAUUGACCAAGGCCUCACUGAGCAAACAUUGGAAUCUUACAUCUGUUAUGCCUUCCAAGUUCCUAAAGAACAACUGGACCCUGCUAUCUCCAUUCCUAUAGAAAUUCUGAUGCAAAGGCUUAUGGCUGGAGAUAUUCAUCGACGAACUACUCUGGGAGAGCCAAAACACAUGCCCCAAUCUCACGCAGCGGAAGAAUCAGAGCAUCCCAGCAUCUAAAUCAACCCACCUCCUCUCCCAUUCUGAGAUUCUCUGAAAUAAUAAAAUUUGAGACAGAACUGAGAACAGAAUUGCUCUGCCAGGGCUCACAGUUGAUAACUGAGCCCCAGAAGCAAAGCUGUGAUCCCAGCCCUUUUCUUAGGCUUAGCAUUACAAAGUCCAUUGUAUAUGCUGUUAAAAUAUAUUUUAAAAUCCAUGGAAAACAUUUAGAGCAUCCCAUUGCUCAGUCUGAAUAACUAAUUUCCAGUAAUGUAGGAGCAGUUUAAGGUGAACUUAAGUUUCAGGUUGUUUGCAAAAAGUAGCAAUACUUCCUCUCUCCAUACCAAUAAAUAUUCUGCAACUGGAAUCCAUGAAGAAAUUAUUAUAAAGUGACCGUUCAGCCAAGUGGAUGUUAAAGUGGCUUAAACCUAUGCAUUUUCAGAAAUUUCAGAUCAUAUUUAUAACUUUUCCAUUACCCACAGCCCAACUGGGGGCUUGAAAGUGUAGAAAAAACUAAUAACACAGAAUCCAGGGCAGCCAAGCAGAUGAAGAGAUAGAUAAUCUAAAUAACAAAGCCAAACAACAUAACCAUUUCUUUCUGGCAGUUCAACAUAUUUUUGCACUGAAAAAGGGAAGCUUAUCAAGUAUUGGAAAUGGAUGGUUUUCAGACUAGUAAUUUAAAAGUAGAUUGUACACUUUAUUUACAUAAGCAAUAAU